UGGCAGUAGUGUUGCUUGGACCAGUAAUGGACGUUGUGAAAUUUGGUCUUUGUGUUUGUUUUUUGCUGAAUAUCGGACAUUUUCACUAAAUCCUUGCGUUUUCCUCUAGUACUUUAUCAACAUUCAGUGAUCAACAAUGGUCCACACUCGACGUAUGGAAUUGAAUGACUCUAGUCAGGGGCCCAGGCAUCGUACCAGGGGUAGUUUGAGAUUGCUGAAGCCCGUGGUAGCUGAGGACAGCGGUUCUACUAGUGUCGACGACAGUGAGAGCGAAGAUUCUGCGGAUAAGGAUUCCUCAUCGAAUCCGGCUAUCAAGGCAGAGGAAUCGAUGAAAAAAUUGCCGAGUCGCUCCACUCAGUUGAAGAGCAAUUUUAGAUUCAGUGGGAGAAAAUUCAACGACGCAACCGAGAUAUUGCCAUUUUAUUCUCGGACAUGCCGUAGACCUAGGAAUUCACUACAUGUGUAGAAAAAAAUAAUGAGAGGAAUCAUUUACUGGUUUUAGAUCGUCCAUUGAGAAGUAAGAGAAAACGUCUGUCAUUGGAGAGUAGGAGACCUCUGGUUUACACAAUGCAAGACGAUUCUGCUGAUGAUACGGAAGAGGAAAUAUAUACUGUCAGAAGUAGGAGGAGCAGACAUUUGAUCAGAAUGAACAGAAUUCAGAGGAGGACUGCAUUGUCUCUCAGGCCCAUCAGACAGAAAUGCUAUGCAGAUCCUCGUUCUCCAUCGCAUUACAACUCAGACAGUGAAGGUGGAGUCCGUAGAAGCAAGAGAAAAGGCAACCUGAAUAACAUGUCAUGGCUGGCAGACAGCCAAAUGCCGAAGGUCGGUUAUCCGACGUUGAAUACUGGAUAUUCGGAAGAAGACAGCAGAGAUGCUGCGGAAGGGCAACAUCUAGAGAUAUCCAGAAGGGUUACCAGGCGUACCAACGAUUUAGGGAUGACGAAAACUAAGUACCUGUAUGAAUAUGAUAACGAAGAGGAGCCAUCCAGAAGCAGAAGAAAGCGCCCGGUGGCUUUCAAUACAAAAAAGGAGGUUAGACACGAAUCUAACGACAAGGAAAAUAAUAAAGAUGUUUCGUCCGUAAACAGCCGAAGUUACGGGAGAAUUUUGAGGAGUAUAAAAGAUGAGCCACACGAGGAAAAUGCAGUGGAAGACCAUGAAAGUGAAGCGGAGGUUAAAGAAAAUGGGCAGCACGAGGAAAAUCACGAGCAAAAGGAAGAUGAACAAAAAGAAGUCGAUGAUGAUGAGAAAGAAAAGUCGAAACCUGAAGAGAAAAACGGGAAUACUUCGGACAGCGAUGAUGCCGUCCCUCUAGCAAGAACUACCAGAAAUCGUGCCAGAGGGAUAAUUUCUACGAAUAACUACUCGACCAGAAAUAAUUAUGGAAGCAGAAAUACCUAUUCUACCAGGAAUAAUUUGCUGCACAAUUAUUCUACCAGGAACAAUUAUAAAAGGAUCGAGAAAACCGAUUCCAGCUCUGAAAGUGAAGAAGAUAACAGGAAGUAUUCUCUGAGAGAACGUAGACCAAAACCGGCUCCAACAGCAAUGCAAACGUCCAUUCUAAAAGAGUGCGGAAUAAGAACAAGAAGACGUUUCACUAGGCGUUUACAAUCAUCUACUAGUUCAAGUGAUUCUUCUUCAGAUGUGCGGAUAAGUAAUAAGAAUACCAAGGCGACCAAGAACGAAAAAAAUGAAAACCGGUGCUGGUGGCAGCACCAAUAUUGAACCCAUAAAACCCGAAACGCUCGAUAAAAGCAUAACGUUUAAUACGAUCGGAGGUCUGGACGAUCAUAUCCAAUGUCUGAAAGAGAUGAUCCUGUUGCCAAUGAUGUAUCCAGAGGUAUUCAGGCAGUUUCAGGUGCAACCGCCUCGAGGUGUUUUGUUCCAUGGUCCGCCAGGAACGGGGAAAACUUUGAUAGCUAGAGCGCUAGCUAACGAGUGCAGCUUCGGGAAGAAGAAAAUCUCGUUUUUCCUGAGAAAAGGCGCUGAUCUGCUGAGCAAGUGGAUAGGAGAGUCUGAGAAACAGCUGAGGUUGCUGUUUGAACAGGCCGCCGAAAAGAAACCGUCUAUAAUAUUCUUCGACGAGCUGGACGGGCUGGCCCCAGUUCGGUCGUCUAGACAGGACCAGGUGCAUGCAAGCAUCGUUUCGACGUUGCUGGCACUGAUGGACGGUCUCACUGACAGAGGGGACGUUGUGGUUAUCGGCGCAACGAAUAGGAUCGAUGCGAUCGAUCCCGCGCUUAGGAGACCGGGCAGGUUCGACAGGGAGCUGUUCUUCCCCUUGCCUUCCAGACAGGAACGUGAAGAAAUUCUCAAAGUACACCUCUCAUCUUGGGCCUCCCAUCCUAGUCAACAAACUAUAGGCUACCUAGCAGAAAAUACAGUAGGAUACUGUGGUUCUGACUUAAGAGCUUUAUGCUCAGAAGCUGUGAUACAAAGCUUUAGGCGAAUUUAUCCUCAAGUAUAUGGAUCUAAUCAUAAGUUGCUGCUUCAACCUGAAAACGUUAAGGUAGAGAAAAUUGAUUUUAUUAGGGCAAAGUCCCUGCUAGUUCCAGCAUCACACAGGGUAUCGCAAAGGUUAGGAAGAAAAUUGUUCCCUGUGCUGGAUCCUUUAUUGCAAGAUUAUUUAAAGAAAUGUUUAAGUGUGAUACAACAAAGUUUCCCUCAUGGCUUGGAUACUUCAUUGGCAAAGGUAAAACUUUCUCCGAAUAUAAGACUGGCGCAGCUGCUGAUAACCGGUGAUGGACCGGAACAUGGGCAAUCGAGUCAUCUGGCUCCUGCUGUGUUGUUCAAAAUGGAACACAUCCACGCGUAUCUUUUGGAUCUUGCUGUGCUACAUCAAGACACAGGAAGAUCUACAGAAGAAGCUUGCAUUCAGAUUUUCCAAGAGGCUAGGCGAAACAUCCCAAGCAUUAUUUUCGUACCUUGUAUAGAUAAAUUAUGGGAUCUAGUUACUGAGACCGUAAGGGCACUAUUGUUAUCACAGUUGGCACAGUUAGAUCCGAAUAUGCCAAUUUUGUUCAUGGCAACAGCAGAAUGCAUGUACGAAAGUCUACCUCAGCAGCUCCAAAAAUUGUUCUCCCACUACCGCAACGAGGUUGUCGUAGUGAGACCGUCCACCGCAGAUCAGCGCAAGGCUUUCUUCAGGCCCCUGAUCGUCGACGGCAGCUUGAAAACCCCGCAGAGCCCGCGAAAACGCAACGGGACCCCGCCCCCGCUACCCAGGGCCCCGACGCCGCCUCCGAGUCCCUUGGACGAGGUGCAGUGCAAGAAGUUGUACGACACUGAGGAGCACACGUUGAGGGAGCUGAGGAUAUUUCUCAGGGAUAUGUGCAAGAAGCUAGCGAAUAAUAGAUUAUUCUUUAUGUUCACCAAGCCAGUAGACACCGAAGAGGUUCCGGAUUACACAACAAUAAUAAAGAAACCGAUGGACCUGGAAACGAUGAUGAUGAAAGUCGAUUUCCACAAGUACGAGUGUGCUCGUGAUUUUCUCAAUGACAUCGAACUUAUCUGUCAGAACGCACUCGAGUACAAUCCUGCUAGGACAUCUGCCGAUAAGCAAAUAAGACACCGAGCAUGCUCUCUGAGAGAUUAUGCUUACACGUUAAUAAAGACUGAAAUGGAUUCCGACUUUGAGGAUAAAUGUCAGGAGAUCGCCAAAAAAAGGAAAGAAAGAAAAUAUCGCCCGACAGAAUUCUUGCCACCUUAUAUUUAUACUCCAGAUAAUAGAGGCAACAACGACAACAUUGUCGAUGAGGAGAACAAAGAGGAUAAGUCUGAAAAAUUGUAUAGCUCCAAAGCGACGCACAAAAAGAGGAAGCUGCGACAUAGCUGGAGCCGAGGAUUUUUGAAGAAAAAAAGGAAAACGAACUCUCAAAGUCAGGUUGAAGAAAAGGUUUCUACUAGUGAUGAGCCUAAAGAAAAUGACGAAGAGUCGAAAAAUGAGAGAAGAGAGGCAGCUCGUGAGACGCCGUCUGCACCUCAGGGUUCCCAGUCUCAGGAACAUUUAGAAAAGGAUCGUGUGACGCCUGAUAGAAUGCUCACAAUCAACUGUGAUGAAAAUACGCCUAGGCGGCUUUCGGCUAGUUCAUCCUUACUAUCUCCAAAAAGGUCGUUGAACGAUUUGCUUAGCCCAUCAGAGCUGUUAGAUAAUCCGCUAGAUUUUGACGAUGUUGAAGAGGCGUUGAAUGAAACAGCUCCUGCCCCUUGCAGCGAAAAUAGGGUGGAGUGUUCCCAAACUGAGCUUGAGAAAAUUCUGGAUCAAGCUGUCAAAGUUACAGACGGCUCUACUCUAAUUACGUUACUGGACUUGUACAAUCAGCUCAAUAGGAUUGUGAAGAAAUAUUCGAGGACCCAUUGUAGGAGUUCUCUACCAAAGCAAUUAUCUGACGAGCUGUCCAGGUUCAAGGGGAAAUCUUCAAAGCGAAACUCAUCUACCUGAAGCGUCAUCGCCUACCUGUCCAUUAUAAUUUUAGCUUGAAGAAUUUUAUCCGCAUUUUAAAUUUAUUUUUUAUAGCAGUAUUUUACUUAUUCGUUUGUCCACUAAUUUAUUUCUACGGAGGAUAAUUUAUAUUUUAUAUAACAUACAGCACCAAAGACUUGUUUUCUAUAAAAGUAUCUCCACUGCCACCAAUCAAAAGGCUGAUUUAUUUUUUAUAAAACCUUGUUGAAUAUAUGUGUCGUAGACUGGUGGAAAAUGAGCUUUAUCAGAUUCACGCGUAUAUUACAAAAUAUCCUUAACAUUGUUAUGUAAGUACAGCUCUGAAAUUGUGUGUGAAUAUUCAUCUUUUAUGGAAGGAUGGAACGAGUGAUUACUUUUGUUGUUAUCACUUUUACUUUUCGAAAAAUCUUUGAUUUUCUUGAAAACUCAACUUGCUGUGAGACGAGGCUUCACGAAAAUCAAAGAUUUUUCGAAAAUGAAACAAAAGUAAUCACUUGUUUCAUUCUUCCAUAAAAGAGGAAUAUUCACACAGAAUUUCCGAGCUGUACUUAUAAUUGUUAACGAGUUCCGAUUGAAGAAAGAAUACACAAUAAAAUGCAUUUUCUGACAAUUUUGUUUUUUAGUCACACCAUGAAAUUAUCAGAUGCUGUGCAAGCCGCGAUUUUUUGUUGAUGUGUUUCGAGAGAUUUAUGCGACAUCAGUCUACGCCAUUCUGACAGUUGUAAAUAUAUAUGUGCCUUCCCUGGUUAUGUUGAAAUAACUAUUUUUUGCAGUGCAGAUAUGCGGGAGUAUUUCAAAUUCUCAGUUUAGUUUUGAGUGCCAUUCGAGUAUUUGUAAAAUGUGGAUUUCUAUGUAUAAACCGUGAUUGUUUUUCGUGUUAAAUCGAAACAGUAUGUCAAUCUUUUUCUUGAAAAUAAUGGUUGAAAUUAAAA